AUGGCACGUACAUCUCUUCUUACGGCAAUUGACUCGACAUCGCACGUUCAUCUUGUCAUCGGGUCUAAUUCAUUAGCAGCAGCAAGAUGUGCGAAAUCCCUUGAAGUCGGCGCAAAGCCGCGUCUCAUCGCACCAGCAGACGCGGAAUUGCAUUAUGCACUGCAAAAGCGAAUAGAUAGCGGGGAGGUAGAAUGGUUGGCGAAGCCGUUCGAAGAUGGGGAUCUUUUACAACUUGGCAGGGAAGAGAUUGAUAGAGUUGUUGAUGCGGUCUUUGUCACUUCCGGACCUCGGGAUCCGUUAAGUGCACAUAUCUCCCAACUCUGCAAACGACAUCGAAUUCCCGUCAACGUCGCCGAUGCUCCAGCGCUCUGUACGUUUAGCCUCCUCUCUACACACACCGAUGGUCCCCUCCAAAUUGGCGUAACCACCAAUGGGCGAGGGUGCAAACUCUCCUCCCGAAUACGACGAGAAAUUGCCUCCAUACUUCCACCACAGCUAGGCUCUGCCUGUGAACGUCUUGGAACAAUCCGCAGACGAAUCCAAGAAGAAGACCAUCUCUCACAUGCCGCUCUGUCUGGUGAUCUUGAAGAAGAAGAUUCGAUAGGCCAAACAUCGACCUUCAAUAAACUAGUCACGGAAACAGAUCUCGAUGCUGCGAAAAAUAGGCGGAUGCGAUGGUUGUUCCAAAUCUGCGAAUACUGGCCCAUUAGACGCCUUGCAAACAUAAGCGAUGAAGAUGUGGACUCUAUGUUGAAAUCCUACGCUUCCAAUCCCACCCUCCCUACCUCAGCCGAAACUCCCCACCUUGAUUCUAGACCAGGGAAGAAGGGGAGGAUCAUUCUUGCAGGCAGUGGGCCCGGACAUCCUGAUUUGCUUACGCGAGCAACGCACAAAGCAAUUAUAACGGCCGAUGUGAUCCUAGCAGAUAAACUUGUCCCCUCCAGCGUUCUCGAUUUGAUACCCCGCCGCACGCCUGUACAUAUAGCGCGCAAAUUCCCCGGGAAUGCGGACCGUGCCCAAGAAGAACUUCUCGAACUCGGUCUCUCUGGCCUGAAAAAGGGCCAAACGGUGCUGAGACUGAAGCAAGGUGAUCCAUAUAUCUACGGCCGGGGCGGGGAGGAAUUUGAAUUCUUCAGAAAUGAAGGGUUCGCAGAUAGGAUUACCGUGUUGCCUGGAAUUACGAGUGCUCUCUCUGCGCCCCUCUUUGCAGGCAUUCCGGCUACGCAACGCGGAAUUAGUGAUCAAGUUUUGAUAUGUACAGGAACGGGACGGAAAGGGAAGCCAACUGUUCCACCUGAGUUUGUAGAGACUAGGACAGUGGUUUUCCUCAUGGCGCUACAUCGAAUUGCGGAACUUGUGGCCGAUCUUACAACGCAUGAUUCCGACGACGCGAAGGUGGUUCUGGAAGAUGGGAGUUUAGAUAAGACGAGGAGAUUAUGGCCAAGGUCGACUCCGUGUGCCGUGAUCGAGAGGGCAAGUUGCCCGGAUCAGAGGGUUAUUCGGACGCGCCUUGAAUUUGUGACGGCGGCAAUUGAGGAGCAAGGGAGCAGACCGCCGGGGUUAUUGGUAUUAGGAAAGGCGUGCGAGGCUUUGUUCACGGCUGAUGCGGACAGGAAAUGGGUUGUUGAGGAGGGGUUUCAGGGGUUUGAGGUCGAGGAUUUCACUGCAGGAACGAAAUAA